AAAUUUGACUGUAUGUAUGCUCCACAUGCAAUGUACAGACUGAGAUAGCGUUCAGUAUGCCUUAAGAAGUUGUGGAGAUAAUACUAAGUAAAUCGUAACAAUAAUUUUUACAAAUAAGGGCAAGAAUGGGCGAUGAAUUGGACAUCCGAUUAAUUUUGCCCUUUCUUAAUCAUCGCCUAAACGGACCGAUGUAUGUGAGUUUUAUCACACUUGCUGAAUUGGGUUGUGCAGCGUUGUUUAUCGUUUUCUCGAUACGCAUCUUAUAUAUCAUCAGAAACAUGGCCACAGCUCAAAAUCAGGAGCAAAGAGACCGGAAACUGAAUGAACUGAUGGAAAACAUAGCGAAGCUCGAACGGGAAGUGAAGGAAAAGAGCGAACAGAGGAAACAAAAAAGAAAAGCCAAGAAAAUGAAAGAUGACGACAGCCGAAAUGAUGAAGAGAUGGAAACUGAAGCAAAUUCGAGUCAUGGAGACGAAUAGGAAAUUGAGAAUUAGUUUUAUGUUGAC